AUGAUCCUAGGAAGAACACUGAAACAGGUAGUAGUAGGAGCUGCUGCUCUAGGCUGUCUGCAAAGAGCUAGCUGUGAACUAUUCAAAAGUGAUGCAAAGGAAAUAAAAAGCUAUUGGACUGAUAGGAUAUCCUACUUCAACAAAGAGAUCAACCUACGUAGCGGGCUCUUCAAAAAGGUUGGAGCUCUUGAUGCUACGGAAGAGGCAGUGAAUUCAGAGCAUUCCUCCGAGGAAAACACCAAGAUAAAAGAGGCAAUGGAUGUUGUAGUAGCGGAAGACUUUGAGACCUUUACGAACAAAUCACUAGAGAUUAUCAAUCUAGCAGACUCAAUAAUAAGCACAUACGAUGAUUAUUUGAACAACAAAGCUUUCUCUUUUGACGAAGCCCAA